AUGGAGUCGUUCAUUCGUUUGGCAGAGGCAAUAAUCGAAUUUGAAUCCGAUUUUAGCAGCACGCCACCUGCAGAGCAAAAUAAACAUGGUCUUGCAAUACAGCAAGACGAACUGAAAGAUAUGUGGGAAAAAACUAAACAAGGGUAUGAUACUAUAAUAAACAAAGAAGGGUUGUCGAAAGAAGACAUUAAGGCCAUAAGGAGAAAACAUAAAAGCUCGUUCGCCAGCUAUGUUAAAUGCAUGUCUGCCAUGGCGAGUCAGUCCGAAACGCUUGUUAACGCAGAAAAGGAUGUACAGGAUCAGUCGGUCCGUGAACACAAUAUCCACCUACCUCCGUGUGAUACCGAUGUGUUCAAGGGUGACUAUCUGUCAUGGCCAUCAUUUCGUGAUAUGUUCACGGCCAUAUACAUCCUUAACAAGCGCCUCACUCCGGUUGAGAAACUAUUUCAUCUCAACCAAAAGACUCAAGGGGAAGCCAAAGACAUCGUGAGAAAGUGUCCACUCACAAACGAAGGCUUCCAAACAGCCUGGAAAAGUUUAUGCGAGAGAUAUGAAAACAAGCGUAUCCUCGUAAAUACACAACUUAAAAUACUUUUCAAUUUAAAUUCAGUGGAUAAUGAGUGUGGUAGCUCAAUAAAAAGGUUGCAGCGGGAUAUAAAUAAUUGCUUAUCGUCCCUAAACAGUCACCAAAUUAACGUUUCAAACUGGGAUGCAAUUAUAGUCUACCUCUGCUCCACCAAACUUCCAGAAAGUACGCUGGCUCUAUGGGAACAAACCAUAGACCACAAAAAUGAUAUACCAAUGUGGGAGGAUAUGGACAAGUUCCUAUCCAACAGAUUUCAAACGCUGGAGACUUUAUCAGGCUUAAAAAAUUCCAAAGCUGUGAGAGGGCCAAAGCCGCAGCACACACACAAACCAGCAGAAGCCUCCCCAAAACGACUUGGCGUUUUCCAAGCAAGCGUGACCAAGUUCACUUGCAUAAUGUGCCAGUCCAAUGAGCACAAGUUACGCAGCUGUUCCCGCUUCUUAAAGAUGACACCAUCUGAAAGAAUAGAGUUCAUGAAAAACAAUAACUCUUGCUUGAACUGUCUUAAGUCUGGACAUACGGUGUCAAGAUGCACAUGCUCGUUUAAUUGCAGCAAGUGCCACUCCCGACACCACACGCUCCUGCACCUUGAGACUGACCAGCAAAAGCCUACAGCGCACCAAAUGCCGCCAAGCUCAACUGGUAAUCGAGCAUCUUCAUCGAAGCAAGCACAAACAAGACGCAAGACAGGAAAACCAAAUUCAACUGGGGACAAAAAUGUCAAGUCUUGUUUUGCAAAUUCAAAUAAUGGUGUGCUCCUAGGAACAGCGUGCGUAAAUAUACAUUAUAAUGGAACCGAUUUUUUUGCAAGAGCUCUUAUUGAUUCCGGGUCUGAGUGUUCCUUUAUAACGGAAGGACUCAAACGCCGAAUCAACCUGCCAUCCAAAAGGUUGCAUGCCCAAGUUUCCGGCAUCACAAAUUCCAUAUCGGCGCAGGUCAAAGAAGCAUGCAAUAUAGAAAUACGGUCACCGAUUGACCCAUUAUUCCGGUCGAAUACCACUGUGCUUGUCUUAGCACAACUAACUGGAAAUCUUCCAACUACCCAUAUUAGCGCUGAAACUAAACAAGCAUUCCCAGAUUUGGUUUUGGCCGAUAAAAGGUUCUUUGUUAAUGAGCAAGUGGACCUUGUGCUUGGAGGAGAUAUUUAUCCAGAAAUCAUUUUGAGCGGCUUGAAGAAAAAUGUACUUAAUACUCUUCUAGCCCAAGAAACCGUGUUCGGUUGGAUAUUAACCGGCCGCCCAGAUGCAACAAGUGCAACCAACCAUAUUGCUUCAUACUUUAGCGAAGUCGCCUUGGAUAAGCAGCUUACUGCGUUCUGGGAAGUAGAGGAUCUGCCGAAGAGCAAAAGCCUAAGUGAGGAAGACAAGUACUGUGAGGAGUUGUACAAGAAUACAACUCAACGUACCCAAGACGGGAAAUAUGUAGUUUCGCUACCAUUCAGGCAGGAUUUUCCAGAGAAUGUCUGCCUAGGACCCUCCCUAAAAAGAGCGUGCUCACAAUUUUUCCGACACGAGACGCGAUUGGCCAAGGAUCCUGGACUACAAAAGGAAUAUAACAGGGUAUUAUCGGAAUACGAAGCGUUAGGGCAUAUGUCAAAGCUAAUAAAUAAUAUACCAGCAGAGUCCUCCGACAACUAUUUCCUGCCUCAUCACGCGGUCAUCAAGGCAGAAAGCACGUCAACAAAACUUCGCGUGGUUUUUAAUGCCUCAAGUCCGACGGCAAAUGGUGUAAGCCUCAAUGAUGUACUGCUCCCAUGA